UUUUAAUGUAAUUCUCUCUAACCUUGGGGUCAAUAACAAGCCUUGUUUUAAUGUAAUUCUCUCUAACCUUGGUGUCAACAACAAGCCUUGUUUUAAUAUAAUUCUCUCUAACCUUGGGGUCAAUAACAAGCCUUGUUUUUAAUGUAAUUCUCUCUAACCUUGGGGUCAAUAACAAGCCUUGUUUUAAUGUAAUUCUCUCUAACCUUGGGGUCAACAAGCCUUGUUUUAAUAUAAUUCUCUCUAUCCUUGGGGACAACAGGCCUUGUUUUAAUGUAAUUCUCUCUAACCUUUGGGUCAACAACAAGCCUUGUUUUAAUAUAAUUCUCUCUAUCCUUGGGGACAACAGGCCUUGUUUUAAUAUAAUUCUCUCUAACCUUGGGGUCAAUAACAAGCCUUGUUUUAAUAUAAUUCUCUCUAUCCUUGGGGACGACAACAGGCCUUGUUUUAAUGUAAUUCUCUCUAACCUUUGGGUCAACAACAAGCCUUGUUUUAAUAUAAUUCUCUAACCUUGGUGACAGAUAUCUAUAUUAGUGGGCUGGAAUAUGACAAUAGAAGAUUACCGAUUGGUCAUGUUGAUAUUGAAUACUCUGUUUUUAUUGGUCAGGUUGUAUGUCUUAUAACAGUUUGGGCAUCCUGGUUUUAGAUGAUCAGUUGGCCUUAACACUUCCUGUUUCACUGCCUCGGGCCCUCUCUCUUCUUCCUGUUUCACUGCCUCGGGCCCUCCCUCUACUGUCUCUCUCUCUUCUUCCUGUUUCACUGCCUCGGGCCCUCCCUCUACUGUCUUUCUCUCUUCUUCCUGUUUCACUGCCUCGGGCCCUCCCUCUACUGUCUUUCUCUCUUCUUCCUGUUUCACUGCCUCGGGCCCUCCCUCUACUGUCUUUCUCUCUUCUUCCUGUUUCACUGCCUCGGGCCCUCCCUCUACUGUCUCUCUCUCUUCUUCCUGUUUCACUGCCUCUAACCCUCCCUCUACUGUCUCUCAUCUUCCUGUUUCACUGCCUUACCCUCCCUCUACUGUCUCUCUCUCUUCUUCCUGUUUCACUGCCUCUAACCCUCCCUCUACUGUCUCUCUCUUCUUCCUGUUUCACUGCCUCUAACCCUCCCUCUACUGUCUCUCUCUUCUUCCUGUUUCACUGCCUCGAACCCUCCCUCUACUGUCUCUCUUCUUCCUGUUUCACUGCCUCGACCCUCCCUCUACUGUCUCUCUCUUCCUGUUUCACUGCCUCGAACCCUCCCUCUACUGUCUCUCUCUCUUCUUCCUGUUUCACUGCCUCUAACCCUCCCUCUACUGUCUCUCUCUCUUCCUGUUUCACUGCCUCACCCUCCCUCUACUGUCUCUCUCUCUUCUUCCUGUUUCACUGCCUCGGACCCUCCCUCUACUGUCUCUCUCUCUUCCUGUUUCACUGCCUCGGACCCUCCCUCUACUGUCUCUCUCUCUCUUCCUGUUUCACUGCCUUACCCUCCCUCUACUGUCUCUCUCUCUUCCUGUUUCACUGCCUCGAACCCUCCCUCUACUCUCUCUCUCUUCUUCCUGUUUCACUGCCUCGAACCCUCCCUCUACUCUCCCUUCUUCCUGUUCCCCGGGUUACGUUCCAAAAUGGCACCCUAUUCCCUAUUUGGUGUUGAAAAAAGGUCACUCGUGCGCUAGUGCACUAAAUAUUUAGUGGUCAAAAGGGCUCUGGUCAAACGGUAGUGCACCGUAAGGGAAUUAGGGUGCUGUUGGGGACACUUCCCUUCAUCUUGAAGGUCUCAUGCUUCCUCAGAUAUGUGCCUUCCAGCUUUCCGUAGUUUUGUUGUUUUGUUGUUCAGGCCCCCAAAACCGACCUGCGUACGUACUUACCUAAUAUACAUAAUGUCUACGUUCAAAAUGCCAUCCUAUUCCCUAUGAAGUGCCCUGUAGGUCUCUGGUCAAAAGUAGUUCACUAUAUAGGGAAUAGGGUGUAGUUUCUGACACAGCCAUUGGCUGAGUCUCCGGUGAUGUAGUUUCUGACAUAGCCAUUGGCUGCGUCUCCGACGACGCCCAUUUCUGACAUAGCCAUUGGCUGCGUCUCCGGCGACGCCCAUUUCUGACAUAGCCAUUGGCUGAGUCUCCGGCGACGCCCAUUUCUGACACAGCCAUUGGCUGCGUCUCCGAUGAUGUCUUUUUUCCCCCUUGUAGUGCACUAUAAACUAGUGUACUGUAAACUAGUGCACUAUAAACUAGUGUACUGUAAACUAGUGUACUAUAAACUAGUGUACGACAGAGGGGGAACGGUUUUGAGACGGACAACAAUAAUAUCAUUGGUGUUCAGCUGUUUUAAGUUCAUGCUGGUGUUUUUUGCCUCGUUGUCAAAAGAUCCCGUUUUUCUGGUUUCGCCUCUUUUGUGAUUAUCAUUUCAAAUAAGUAUAUCCAUUUUAUUUUGUAUUUUAUACAGUUUAUACUGUAUUGUAUUAUAUCAUAUAUUUAUGUCUUUGUAAAAAUAAAAAAAUGUAAAAAAAUGUUUUUGAAAAAAAAACGGACAAACUUAGUAUUGAAAAUCGAUGAAUGUUGGUACGAAUGAUGCUUGUAAAACAAAAUAAAUACGUAACAAACUGA